CUCAGACUUGAUACUUGUUAUGAUAAGCAAAUAAUAGCCAUUAAAUCGAUUGGUUGGAAAAAACUGUGAGUGCCUCUUUUCUCAGAAGAGCUCUAGUAUGAACUACCAAGUCACAUGUCAUGUUGAUAAAGUCAAUUGCGAUUGGAAAUGUCAGUAUACAGAUUCAGUGCAGAUUUUUUUUUACAGGUUAAAAAUUUAAAAUAAAUAAAACAACCACGUGCAUCACAUUGUAAUAAUUAUUUAUAUAUGUAUAAAUAUUUAUCAACAGGUGAUGCUGUAAUAUACAAACUAAGACAAAUCAUUGAUUUCUAUAGAAAUUUAUAUUUAUAUCAUUUUUAGAAGAUAUUAUAUACAGAAACAAGAAAAAUGAAAAAUUUAAAAGUUCAUCAUCAUAAAGUUUAUGAUUUAAAGGAAAAUCUGGAAAAAAUAUUUCAAAAAUUUGAAAAUACAGUUCAACUUGAUAAAGUUUGCUGUUCAUGUUCCAGUGAUAGCUCAUUGAUUAUUGUUAUUUCAAAUAUUGUAUAUCAUUACAAUCUUAAAGAAGCGGAACAAUUAAAUAUUUUGUGUACAAUUGACAUUGAUCCGAAUUUUAAACCAGUUGGUAUAGCAUAUUUGUUGAGCGAUAACAUAGCUUACAUUGCCUAUGACUCUGGAGAUUUAAUAGAAGUACGGACUCAACUGCCGUCUCAUAGUGAGAUUAAUACUCAUUUCGAUGAUGGUUUAAAAUGUAUUCAAUUGAGUCCAGAUCAAAAAAUUCUAGUUUUGGUUACUGGUAAUAAUAGAGUUAUUACCAAAAUUUCUGAUUUAGAAGAAACAUUAUCAGAAAUCGAUUUAGAGUCUGAAGAUUUUGGAGAAAAACAAUUUGUUACUGUUGGAUGGGGCCAUAAAGCCACACAAUUCCAUGGCUCUGAAGGAAAAGCAGCAGCAACAGCAAAACAAGUAAUUGUUGGUAAAACUGAAAGAGACUCUGGAAAAUCAUAUAUUACAUGGAGAGGAGAUGGAGCACUUUUUGCAGUUAGCUUUUUUAAUAAAAAAUCUGAUAUAAGACAAUUUAAAGUAUUUAAUCGCGUUGGAGUACUUCAGUAUACAUCUGAGUUGACCCAUGGUCUUGAAGAAAUGAUUGCAUGGAGACCUUCAGGAAAUUAUAUAUCAGCACCCCAACAAUUAACUGAUAAGUAUGUAAUUUCACUCUUUGAAAAAAAUGGAUUAAAACAUCGAGAGUUUACUUUACCUUUUAAAGCCAUGGAUGUUGAAAUAAAAGAAUUAUUAUGGUCACCAGAUUCAGAAAUUUUAACAAUGUGGGUAAAAAAAGAUAAAAAAAGCCUUCUCCAAUUAUGGACUAUUAAAAAUUAUCAUUGGUAUUUGAAACAAACAAUCGAGUUUCCUCAAGACGAUUUGCUAUAUUUUACUUGGGCGUUUGCAAAUAAACAGUUAAUCUUGUUGACAAGGGAAAACAUGAUGAUUUACCAGUUUACAUGGGCUGUGAAUCAUAGCAGAUGUGUUGAAAUGAAUGAUAAAGCUGUUGUAGGAGUUAUAGAUGGUGAUAAAGUUCUUUUGACAGGAUUUAGAAUGGGCAUCGUGCCACCACCAAUGUCCCAUUAUUCCUUACAAAUUAAUUCUGCGAUUAAUGAAUGCUUCUUUGCACCAAGAAGUCAAAGUUGGCUCAAUCCCAAUUCUUUUUUUGCUUUAUUACAAAAUAACCAGUUGGCAUUAUGUGUUUAUGAAGAUGUAGAUUCAUUGACUUAUAAAUAUGUUAGAUCUUAUAAAAUUGAGUGGGAAGUUCCAGAAAUUCAGAACGAAAAUAUUUAUUAUUCAAUGCAUCAUUUCUUAUGGCUUAAAGAAGAUACUAUUUUAUGCUCAUUAUCAUCCCUAUCAAAAAAUUUUAACUAUUUGUGUAUUAUUCAUUUGGAGAAUAUAAAUCCUGAUAAAGAUGGAGGUCGCAUAGUAGUGAGGGAGGCAUUGAAGAUGAAUAAUUAUGUACAGCAUAUCGUGUCAUCUCCGGAUGUUAAUAUUGCUUACGUCUUAGUAGGCUCUCAUGUGUUAAAAUAUGUUGACGGCCAAGGAGUAACAGAGACCGGAAUAUUUAUUGGCGAUCCUUGUGAUCAAAUGGAAGUCGUAGAGAUGGAAAAUCGUCAUGUAAUCGUAACACUUACAAGUACAAACGGUCUUUACAUUAACAGCAAAAUUGUCGCACAAAAUAUUACUAGUCUCAGCGUUCACUCAGAUUUUCUUCUACUUACAACUCAUCAAGAUACUUUAGUUUGUGUCAUCCUAACUGCUGAUGGCUUUGAAAGACUUUCUAUGACAAAUUUAAACAUUCAACCAUGGACCAAUGAAUGUCAAGAACAACAUCCAAGGGGCUUAGACAUUAGACGUGUGGAAAGAUCAUCAAGCCUUAUAAUAUCUAUUCCUUACGAUUCUAAAGUCAUUUUACAAAUGGAUCGUGGGAAUCUUGAAGUUAUACAGCCUCGACCUUUAUCUUUACAUAUCCUCAAAAAUCAUCUCAAUGCUUUGAAUUAUUUCCAAGCUUUUGACAUUAUGAGGAAACAACGCAUCAAUUUAAAUCUUAUUUAUGAUCACAAUCCAAAACUUUUCAUGGAUAAUGCUGAAAAAUUCGUCGACUCCAUUAAAAAUUCUCAGUGGUUGAAUUUAUUUAUAGCAGAACUACAAGAGGAAGACGUCACCAAAACAAUUUACCAAGCUUCUUACAGUGAACAAGAACAUGAUGUUACUCCAAAAGAGGGUAAAGUUGAGUCAAUCUGUCGAUUAUUGAGAGAAAUAAUGGAAGAAAAAUCAGAUAGAAAUCUUAUACAACCUAUUCUGACAUCUCUAGUGAAAAAUAAACAUAUUCCUGGUAUUGAAACUGCUUUAUGGAAAAUUAAAGAAUAUAAAAUGAAAGAAGAAAUGUCAGAAGGUAAUCUAAAAUCUGCUGAUGAAGCUUUGAAAUAUCUUUUGUAUCUCGUAGAUGUAAAUAUGCUUUAUGACAUCGCUCUAGGAAUGUAUGACUUGGAUUUGACCAAGUAUGUUGCGGUGAAAUCUCAAAAAGAUCCAAAAGAAUAUGUACCUUAUUUAAACAGCCUAGCUGAAUUAGAAGAAAAUUACAGAAAAUAUAAAAUCGAUAAAGAUUUAAAACGAUACGAGUCUGCUUUAGAGCACAUUGUCAAGUGUCCAGAUAAAUUUGAUGAAUGUAUAGAAUUAAUUCGCAAUCAUAAUUUGUACUUCAAGGCAAUAAAAUUACUUCCCAAGGAUAAAGAAGAAUAUAAAGAAAUAGAAAAGAUGUAUGGACAAUAUUUAUCCGAAAAUAGACACUAUCGUGAAGCGGGAAUUAUGUUUGAAAGAAAUGGAGACCUGGAAAGUGCAUUAAAAAUGUAUAAAAUAAUUGGAAGUUGGCAAAGUGCCAUCAUAAUAUCGACAAAAAUGAAUUUGAAUCCAAAUGAAUUAAAUAAAUUUUAUGAAGACCUUGUCACUCAGUUGAAAGAAGAUAGAAGGUAUCGAGAUGCUGCUGAAUUAUGUUUAGCUUACCUUGGAAAUUCAGAAGAAGCUGUAUCACUUUUAUGUGAAGGUAGAGAGUGGCGAGAUGCUUUGAGAGUAACUCAUACAUCAAAACGAUUGGAUUUAAUUGAAACUCAUGUGAAACCUGGAAUUUAUCAACACGCAAUUGAUAUUGAUGAUAAAAUAAAUAAAAAUAAAGAAGAAUUCAUAAGAUUGAAAAAUAGAUUAAUUAUUGUACGAAAAGAAAAAGCUAGAAAAGAAGCUGAAGCUCUAACGAGAAAUUUUCAAAAUUUCGAAGAUGAAGAACCUGGACAAGAAUUUAGUGAUUUAUUAAGUGAUACUAGCAGUGUCGCAGGAUCGGUCACAUCUACCAGCUCAAAAAGUUCUAGAACUUCAGGCAGAAGCUACCGAUCAAGUAAAAAUAAAAGGAAACACGAAAGAAAAUUUUUAAGUAUCAAAGAAGGUAGUGCUUUUGAAGAUUUAGCCAUUAUUCAAGCAAUUCAUAACAUUGCCUCAAACUCCUAUGCUCAAAGAGAAGAAGUUUGUAAUAUUAAUCGAAUUUUAUUGAACUUUUAUUUUGACGAACUAGCAGAAAAACUUCAAAAUUCUUUGAUAGAAAUGAUAAACAUGAUUGAAAAGAAUAAACACGAUAUUUGGUUAAAAAAUCUCAGUAAAGUAGAUCCACCGAAUAAUGAAACGGAUGCUAAUAUGCCACAACACAUUUUGGAGCCCAAAUUUACCUAUCCACCAGACGUUAUAUCUUGUAAUUGGAUUUUAGAAAUAUUCCCACCACCACCAUCAUCCUUUUCAAAGUCACGAUCAAUAUGUAAAUAAUAAUGAAUAAUGAAACAUGGUUUUUAAUAACAAACAA